AAGGCAGCGGUUAUGUGUGCCAUGGCGUGACCAUCCUCUGUGAUUUGAAUUAACAAAACUUUUGAAGCUGGGGAAGUGCAGAGGAAAAGCGAUAGAAAAAGGCGCUGAGGGAAAGUACAGGGAAAGACAUCAAUCCUAGAGAGGAUUUUGAUGAAAACCUUGGAUUUUGACAUUUAUUGAUGUGAUAAUAAUACACACUGCAGGGAUCCGUUUGAAAAUUGCGGAGUGCUGACUUGAUUUAGCCUGUUUUUUCACAUAAUUGAUGGAUGGUGCUGUGCCGCGUAACCCUCCUUCGCCCGGGCUCGCGCUGCAUUUCGCGCUACGACGUUUCGCAAAGUCUUCUCUUUUUGAUUUCUGAAAAAUAUCAUCUCUUUCCCUGAAAACAUCUUUUGAAAUAGUUUAAGAUGUUUACAUCACGGUCUGGAUUAUUUAUAUGGUAACUUACAUUGAAAAUCUCGUAGAAAUUGGGAUAUAAAAACCUAAACUCGAUCUCGCAUGUGGUGUAGAAUAUUUCAUGCUCAUUUUUAUUCUUAAACACUAAGAUAGAACUUCCAUUAAUAAUUUGUAAUAUUCUAAGUAUCCUGAUCUGGUUGUCUGCAUAGCUUUGGCCGCAAAGAGCUUUUGACUGGCAGCCUCGCACCGCUGCCUUUCGGCGGCAUCGGCAGGGUCCUUAGGUGCUUAGCCGGAGUUAUACUUUGGGUGUAGCUCCUGCAACCUGAGACCGCUCUCUCUCUCUCUGCUUCCCCCCUUCCCUCGUUCAGCAGAUGAAUACUGCUCCUCUGUCUGUUAUCGUAUCAUAGUCACCGGAUUUUCCCGAAAACACGCGUCACCCGUGUCAUGUUUUUAUCUAAUACCGGCGCUCCACAGCUUACACCUGACUCAUUUGCUGACAUACAGUAGGUUGGGGGGGAACAGCAACACAUCUCCACCCCGCCCCCAGCCGCUGGAUGAAUGCCGUUUUGUUUAUUUGAGCUUAUACACGUGGUACCUUCUGGUGUUCGUGCUGCGCAUGCGCGCGAGACGGCUGCGGUUGCUUUAUACUGCAAAACGACAAGCGGUAUAUUCAUUGGUGAAUUACUAUUGACUAACAGCUAGUUUAGUAACCCAUGUUUCUUUGCUACAACGCAUUUUCUGCUGCUCCCACAUUUUAAUCUGUGUUCUUCCAACAGGUAGUGUAUUUAUAAAUGUUUCUGGCAAAUACCCAAUUUAUCUAGCAGAUACUUUAAUUCAAAGAAUACAAGUGAAGCUGGAAGAUCAGUCAGUGUCAGUGGAAUAAGUGGGGAACUCCUUGUUGAAAGAUCCAGCCGUGGGAUUUGAACUGGUGACUUUCCGAUAACAGACACCCACCCUACAGAGCCACACCAUAAACUGAGGUCAUGGAACUACAUGUAGUACAAUAGUACGUAGCUUUUAUUGAGGAGUAACAGUGUAUAGAACAGCACAUAUGUCAGUGACUUUAUUUUAUAUAUAUAUAAAAAUGGAGCAAAAUAAAACUAGACUUUUCUGUGGGAGGCACCGCUUUGAGUGAAUCUUACUCCAUGACUGCAACUUAUACAUAACACAGAAUAUAUUCUAUAGGGUUAGAGAAGAAGUGUUAAUGUGCGUAUGGCUGCUUUAUUGUCGUGUUCCUCCGUAAUUGGCACUGUGUGGGUAUUUGAUGUGGCCGUCGUGUUCUUAGGACUUGGUGUUGUUCCUGCCGCCUCCUCCUUGUUCCCAUUCCCAAGACAGGGCAUUACUGAAAGUGAUUUUUUUUCUGGCUGGUCACGGACCGGGGUAAAUGACAGGGUGUCGGUUAAGGGGCAAGCUCAGUAUAUGGGGUGUGGCUCCCGGUGCCACGGCGACCCUGGAGCCCAGCUGAAUGGGGCAGAGGAUGAUGGGAACCACAUGGUCUCCCAUCCCCCUUCACAGCCACAUCCACCCUCCAAAUUGGGGAAAAGAAGAAACUGGGUUGGGACCCAUUAUUAGAUCUAAUAGGCGUGGAGUUUGCUUUCUGCAGAAGAUGAAGUGUCGAAAGCAAUGAGUCAGAAUAAUUUAACGCUGAGAUGCAAAGACCUUUGGACAGGACUGGGAGACCUGGUUGCACUGGGAUGGCAGAAGGUUCAGUACUGUAUGCUCAGAUGAGCAGAUGAGUGCAUGCGAGGUCUCCACGGGCUGCUCCAAAGGAAAGCCAACCACCACUUAAGGAUCUGCACCGCUGCCCUCUCUCCGCUCCCUGACACUCUCCUCCCAGUGGUUUUCCAGUAGAGUGCUCUGUAAUUACCUUUCAGAGAUACAGUGCGACUCUCCCUGCUACCCAGGAUGCUGUGGAGAAUUAGCAGCAUUUCCCAGAACACUUGUCAUCCAGACAGAUCAAAGGACUUUCUUCGCCACUUUAUUUGGAGUGGUGUAAAUUGUGUGACAUCCCCCCUGCUGGAUGUACUGUGUUUUUUUGCUCAGGAUUUGAGCUGAAGCAUAAGGAUCUGAUUUGCAUCUUGUGUUUAGAGGGGUAAGACUGUAAUGCUGGACAUUGGUUUUAGCAAAAGCUGGACCAUCUUGGUGGACUGAAGGAAGAACUGACAGUAGCUUCUCUGGCGCAGGCCAGUCUAGGGUGAUGGGUUUGGAGCUGCAAUGACAGAGGAGACUCUAAGAGACAGCUGGAGAUGAGAAAGGAUCAUUUAUUUUUGUUAUGGUUACAUAUAAAUUUUGGUCCAUCCUGUUUGCCUAACCUUCCUGCUUCUCAGGAGCUGGGAGAUGGAGCAGCUGUCUGUUUCUGCUCUCUGGCUUUCUGAGGAGCUGAGAGGUGACCUCUUCGGUAGGGGAGUGUGGGUCCAGCCAGGCAGGAAAGUGGAAGAUAGAUGUGCCAGGUAAGAGAGCUCCUCCAGCUCAGAGCUCCCAACCCAGAACACAGCCAUGGAGGAGCUGGUGUCGGAACUCCGUCUCUUCCUGGAGCUGCUGGACCGGGAAUAUCUGAGCGCAGGCGUGCGGGAGAAGAAGCUACACAUCUCCAACAUCCUGCACAGGGUGCUGGCAGCCAAAGAGCCCACCCUCAAGGCUGAGAUCCACAGCAGCCUUCCGGCCCCUCCACAGAUGCCCCUGCCGGAGAUCCCGCACCCCUGGCUGCCUCCAGACAACGGGCCACCUCCCCUGCCCAGCUCGUCCCUGCCGGAGGGCUACUAUGAAGAGGCAGUGCCCCUUGGUCCGGGCAAGGCCCCUGAGUACAUCACAUCUCACUACGACUCGGAUGCCAUGAGCAGCUCAUAUGAGUCGUAUGAUGAGGAGGAGGAGGACGGAAAGGGCCAGAAGAUGAGGCACCAAUGGCCAUCAGAGGAGGCCUCCAUGGACCUGGUGAAGGACGCACGCAUCUGCGCCUUCCUGCUGCGCAAGAAGCGCUUCGGCCAAUGGACCAAGCUUCUUUGUGUCAUCAAGGACAACAGGCUCCUGUGCUACAAGUCUUCGAAGGACCAGGUCCCACAAAUGGAUCUUCCGUUGGCUGAGUGCAGCAUCACGCAUGUCCCGAAAGACGGCAAGAAGAAGAAGCACGAGCUGAAGAUUGUCCACCAGGGGGCAGAUGCCCUGGUACUGGCUGUACAGAGCAAGGAGCAGGCAGAGGAGUGGCUCAAGGUUAUGAAGGAAGUGUGCAGCAAUGGAGCCAUUGAUUGUGAUGGGGUGGGAUCUGGCUCGCCAGUCCACAAAACUGAGCUAGAAAAGAAGCUAUCCUGUGAGAAACCCAGCUCUGAUGGCGAGUGGAACCAUGAAAAUGGAACGACAGACACCAAAGAGCAAGCUAAAGGGAAGAAGAAUGCCAAGGUGGAUCAGAAGGGUGCCGUGGGCAAGGUGACAGGGAAGAAGAUCACCAAGAUCAUCAGCCUGGGGAAGAAGAAGCCAUCAACCGACGAGCAGACCUCCUCAGCAGAAGAAGAUGUCCCCACCUGUGGGUACCUGAACGUCCUGUCCAACAACCGCUGGCGGGAGCGCUGGUGCCGGCUGAAGGACAACCAGCUGCUUCUGCACAAGGACCGGGCCGACCUGAAGAGCCACAUGGCCUCGCUGCCGCUGCGGGGCUGUGAGGUCAUCCCCGGGCUGGACUCCAAGCACCCCUUCGCCUUCCGACUGCUGCGCAACGGUCAGGAGGUGGCUGUGCUCGAGGCAUCGUCCUCUGAGAACAUGGGCCGCUGGUUGGGUGUCCUCCUGGCUGAGACGGGCUCCACAACGGAUCCUGCUGCACUGCAUUAUGACUACAUCGACGUGGAGACCACCGCCAACGUCAUCCAGCUGGCCAAGCAGUCAUUCUGCUUUACCAGCAAGCGUGCGGUGUCGCCCAAUCCGUACCUGGACAAUCCUGUCAAUGGCUAUGCCUGUCCUUCCGGAGUGGCGCUACACUACGAUGAUGUGCCCAUCAAUGGAACGCUGAAGGGAAAAAAAGGCCCAAUCAUCAACGGGACGGCGGCCAAGCAGAAGCUGGACAAGAAUCAGCCCAAGAAGCCGAACGGUACCCUACCUGUGAAACGCACCAACUCCAGCGCCGAGCAGUAUAAGUACGGGAAGAACCGCGUAGAGGCCGACGCCAAGAGGCUGCAGGCCAAGGAGGAAGAGAUGAUGAAGAGGAAGCAGGACAUCCGCAACCGGCUGACCCAGCUGAAGAAGGAGAGGAAAGACCUGCGUGCUGCCAUUGAGACCAACACAGGCAAGCGGUCCCAGGCAACGCUGGCGGAGAAGCUGAAGAAGGUGGAGGAUGAGUGCAAAGUGAAGGAGGAGGAGAGGGUGAACCUGGAGCUGGAGCUGACCGAGGUCAAGGAGAGCCUGAAGAAGGCCAUGAACGGGGGCAUCACCCUGGGCCUCACCAUCGAACCCAAGUCCGGGACGUCCAGCCCCCAGUCCCCAGUGACGCUUCGGCGAACAAUGGACAACUCGCCAGUCUCCAGCUGUGACACCAGUGACACAGAUACCUGCCCCCUCCCAGUGAAUAGCGCCUCCCUGCUGCGCCGGCAGUCGUCCCAGAAGGUGCCACCCGUGCGCGGACACGUGCUCCAGAAGGCCAAGGAGUGGGAGAUGAAAACUGGGACAUAAAGCCAACACCCAUCUCCGCCGUCUCCACACGUGUACAUAUUUAUGUGAACCGGGUUCUGGAGGAGAAACGAGGAAAGCACAGUCCAGAUGGCGGAUGAGGAGACCUGAGACGUUACGUUACAUUACUUCUGCUCCUUUUUGCUUACUGUCUUUCUGCCGUUUGCUGUACGGGCACGUGUGGUCACAUCCCACAAGCAGAGUACACCAGGGUGGCCCCUAGAGGGCGAUGUCCUCACCGAUAGAGCUGAACUGUUGAUCUCGUCAGCCUUCGCUAAACUAAAUCUAGUCAAGAUACUUAAACGGGAAUCAGAAUAUUUAUUUGUAAAUGUUUAAGUAAAUAUUAGCCUGCCUUUAUUAUUUAUAUUGGUAUUUAAACAUUCAUAGUUUUCACAUUAGAUCUGGCCUCCCACAGAAGUAUGACUCACGCUUGAGGUACAUACUUCAUUUUCCCCUGUGGUGUUCUUUAAAAAGACAGUCACUGGGUCGUACCAAUCAUCAGAUGGACUGGGGGGAGGUGGUCACAUGCUUUCCUGUGAACAGGGGUCUGGUAUUUGUGGGUGGAGGACAGAACCAGUUAGAAUAAGUUUGGUUCUUAUUGCAUAGCCCGGUCUGAUGUUGGGGCUAAAAAGUUCUUUAUGCUCAACCACCCGCUGUGGAGUUGGGUCACGAUGCUUCCCCACCUAAUUUAUUUGGUAUGAGAGUUCUGGAUUCCAGCCAGAACCCCAGGCUGAGUCAGGUCUGAAGCUGAAUAAGCUCUCGGCGCUAGCCUAGGCCGGGCUUAGCGGUGGGUUCUUCCAGGCUUAUAUGACCACAUGGAAAUGGUGGUCUGGGGGUUCCUGGAGGAUAGCCCAAGCAUACUGUAUGUGCUGACAUUCAGCUGCCUUAACCACAGGCAUUGGGCGAAGGCUGACAUGGUCCUGGCACAUUCCAAAUACAUCAAUACACUGUCAAAUGUAGAAGUACUGUAUAAAAAGCAAAAUCAAACGUGUAUUUCACAAAAGUGGUGCUCAUUUUUAAACGGUUGGAGCCUGAGGUCGUCUCAGACAGUGGGAAUCGAUUUCUCACGUCAUCAUGGCCCAGGAGGCUUUGCUUUGCUUUACAGACGUGUUUCCGAAGCAGUUCCCCAGAGAACAGCUGUAGGCGCUGACGUCUUUUCCAGCUAAACUCAUAAUUAACUUUCUGUAAUAUAAACUAUAUCUUGCAUUCUAGAAAAGCUCAAAUGCACAGAACUGGUUGCCUGAUGCCUUCUGUAAAGCAUUUGUCCGAAAUGAAAACUCAGUAUUAAUGCCAAGUAUUGCCUCGAUAGUAAUUCCAAAUCACUUAAGACUGGUUUUCACUUAAACUUAAUUAAAGUUGAUCCAGGGUUGUGAAACAGAUCUCUAGAUCUGAAAUUGUUUUUUGCUGGAGGUUGGAAGUAAGAAUUCAUUACUCAUAUUUUAUGAAGUUCUUUACAAAUGGCCUGCUUACAAGUGUGUUAGGAAACAUAAUUCAAGGUUUUGCAUAGCAGCUGAAGAUUAGACAAAAAUACAAAGAUGUGUAAAUAUUUGAUCUGACUUGCUGUUAGUUGCAUUAAGCCCCAGGAUUCUGGAGCUGUUGCACACCAUUUUCAUAAGGGAUUGGGAAAGAUGGAGCAGAAUCAUCACACGUGAGACCCUGAGGCAGACGAAUCAGGACAGCUCAUUCUCAGCUCAUGGGAGUUGUACUUACUCAAAGAUGAUUGGUUCAGAGAGAUAACCGAUCAGAUUGUAGAGGAGGUGAGUCUAGGUCCAAGCAACUAGCAGAGGCAGGGUCACGACAUGUGACUGGUUGGUCCUGCCUCCUAUAGUUGCUUGGACCCAUCUCCUCUACAAUCUGAUUGGUUAUCUCUCUGAACCAAUCAUUUUUCAUUCUGUCCUCCGAACAUCUUUUUGCAAGUAAAACUUCUAUUAGCUUGUCACCGUCAGCCGUCCAGCCCCAGCAUGGAGGGGUGUCUGAUGAAUCCUCUAAAUCUCCACCCAAAAUCUAAAAAUUCCUAUUUUGGGUUCCUUCCCAGCCUCCUCUGCCCUCUUGACCUAUGCUAACAAUGUAAAGAGACCUUUGUGAGAGGAAGGAGGAUGGGUAUUCAGAAGGUCCUUAUCAUCCCAAAGAGGAGAGACAGAUGAUGGCAGAAAAUGUGAACAUAUAUGUAAAUAGUUGUGGUUUGUUUUGUGGGGGGUGGUGGGGGGAGACAGGAAUAAAAAAAGAAAUCAGCAGUGUUUGUUUUGCACCUUAAAACUGUUUGUAUUAUGUGUACUGCUCUAGGACAGUCCCCGACUUGGCGGAGAACACCUGUAUGUAAUAUUAAACUUUUAAAACAUG